CGCGGCCUCGCCAGUCGGCAGUCGCGUCUCGUUGCGUGCAGUGCUCUCGGCCAGGCGCUCACAGACACCCAUUCUCUCUUUAUUCGUGCUUCAGCUGCUGCAGCCGCCGCCGAAGAAGCGCCGAAAGCAGAGCCGAUCAGUCGUCGGACAGUGGCCGAGUUGCUCCGCCGAUGGGCCUUCGGCAGCCCGCCAACGACCCCUUCUAGUCCGACAACUGAGUUUUCGUGAGCGUUUUAACGCGUCGUCAGGGAACAACAGGUUGCCCUGAGAAGCAGGCGUCGCACCGUACGACGGAUCAGCCGAUCGCUCGCUCCUUCGCUCGCAAUGGCAGCCAUACGGUGGCGUCAGCACUUGGCGUCGCGCAGUCUGCGCAGGGUGUCCAGCCUGCUGGCAGCCUGGAUGGCCGUGGCGCUUUUGCUCUUCACCCUGGUGAGCAGAGACGUCAAUUUGCAAGGACUGGUGCUCACGCAAAAGGGGGCGGCGGUCAACGGCCGCCUCCUCCUGCAGCAGCCACCCCCGCCGGUCACCGCCGACGCCUCCACCACCGAGAAUCUGCUUGAACUCGAACCCCUCGUCGACCGGUCGCCGGUCAAGAACGAAAACGCUAUUGUUGAAGAGGUGCAGCGCAGUCUUCCGAGUCUGCCGCUGGAGUACUGGAGCAAAACGGCCAAGAACAAGGUGGGCCUGUCCAAGAACGGCAGCUGCGCCAAGUACCCGAGCCCGUACGAGCUCGAGUUCAACAACAUUUACUGGCAGACGCUGCGCACCUCCAACGGCACCUUCCAGUUGUACGGCGCCUAUUACGACGUGCGCCACCUGAGCCGCAUUGGACCUGCGGUCCGCAUUUUGGGCAUGCUCGAUCGCAUCGAGCCCAAGGUCAAAACGUUCUGCCAGUUCUGGUUUGAAGACCAAAAAGAACCUGCAAUUAUAGAGGUGAUGGAGUACAAGUACAUCUGGUACAAGAAGUGGGGCAACUACAAGCAGGGCAUCCUGCAGCCGUAUCUGAUCGCGUGCAAGCUGCCGCCGACACACAAGAGCCGCGUGCCGAUCUCCGUGUCGCUGGUCGAGCGACCGUGCGACACGGCCAGCAACAACCUGCGGGUGCUGUACAACACGCCGCCAGGCGGACAGAAGAAGGGCUUUGCGGUCUGCGUCAAGGGCCUCGAUUUCCUGCACGAGGACCUAUCGGUCCGCAUGGUCGAGUGGAUCGAGCUUCUCCACUUGCUUGGAGCCGACAAGAUCUUCAUGUACAAACUGCAGGUGCAUCCGAACAUCAGCAAGGUGCUGGACUACUACCAGCAGGUGGGCAAGGUCGAGGUCACGCCCCUCACCCUGCCGGGCACGCUGCCCAACAUCGCCGGCUUCCAGCACAUGUAUCUCACCAAGAAGGUGAAUCACAAGCGGCAAAACGAGCUCAUCCCCUAUAACGACUGCCUCUACAAGAAUCUUUACAUGUACGAGCACAUCGCACUGCUUGACGUUGACGAGGUGAUCAUGCCGAUCAAGUCGAUGAACUGGCAGCAGCUGAUGUCUGAGGAGGUGCUUCCGAAGGCGCUGUUGCUGCGUAACGAGACGCGCGCCUCGUACAACUUCCGCAACGUCUACUUCCUCGACGAGCUGAGCCACGCGCACGGCUGGUUCGCGCACAUGCCGCGCUACAUGCACAUGCUGCAGCACGUGUACCGCAGCAAGAACUUCACGAAGCCGGGCCAGUACGUCAAGUGCUUCCACAAUCCGGAGCGCGUGCUGACGCUGCACAACCACUUUCCGCUGGCGUGUCUCGGCUCGGGCUGCACCUCGUACCCGGUGAACACGAGCGACGCGCAGCUGCAGCACUACCGCGCCGACUGCGUCAAGACGCUGAAGAAGUCGUGCACCGAGUUCCGGCAGAACUCGACCCUCGACACCACCAUCUGGAAGUACACCGACAAGCUGGUCGCCGCCACCACGGACACGCUGAGGCGCCUCGGCUUCUUCCGCGCCCCCUCCGCCGCCUCGUGAUACGCCAGACGCCCCCUCGCCCGGCGUUCUCCGCCGCCGGCCUGAGCCUCGCGCGGCGUCCUUUCGCGCCCCCCCCCCCCCUCACGCGGCGCCGCUGCCUCGUUUCCGCGCUCUCCCGCUCUGAAAAUGCUGGAGGGUCUUUUGACAAGGCGUCUGUUGGCUAUUCUCCUCGGGGGCCCUGACAUUUUUUUUAAUGCUGACAGGGUUAAAAUGAAUUUGAAAUAUUAUAUAUGCUAUAUAAGAUAAUUUUGUUUUAAAAAUAGUAGAGUUAGGUUAGAUGUAUAUCAACAAUUCCCUUUUCCCGUUGCUCUUUUAAUCUGUUUUUAAAUUUUGAUCUACGAUUUUGUUUAAAAUCGUUUUUUGCGAAUAGAUUUUUAAAAAUUUUGUUGAAUAAUAUUUUAAUCUUUUUAUGUGUGUUUUGAGUCAUUUUAUUUGAUUUGAUCUGGCUAAUAUAGUCGUUCACAAAUAUGAAAAUGGUGAGAUAAUUGUGAUUUUAUUGUGUUUUUCUUUUUACAAUAUUAAUUUUGGAAAUGAAGUAAGUUGAAACAUAUAUUUUUUCUCUCAAGUAAAUUAAUUGUCUCUUGAGCCCAUUAUAAUAGAAGAACAAUAGACGAUCGAGUGUUUAAUGUUUCAGAGCAAAAAUAUUGAUAGCCUUUAGAAGAAAAUGUUUUUUUACGUAUUUUAAUAGCAAAUUAUAUUUUUAUAUAUACCCAAUUUUAGUCGUUUCGUUUAAAUUUGUAUAAAAAUGGUAUAAUUAUAAUCGAUUUUUCCAUAUUAGUAUCCAAUUUUUAAGUAAAAAUACUUAUUGUCAGAAUAUAAAUAGUUCAUUGGCCGUAUUUCCCAAGUUCAGGGGUUGAUAAAAAAAUAAAUACGUUGAAAAUGUUGAUCUGUAUUUCUCACGAUUAUAAUUUUAAAACCAUCAAUCUUAUUUGAGUUUAUCUGAAGUAAGAAUUAUAGGGCAAUUCUCUAUUCUAAUAACUCCAGGAUGUUCUAAAAUUUAGACAGGAAAUCUUUCGUUUUUCAAUUUAAAAUACUUAAAGAUAUAUGUGGCAAUCUUUGCAGUUAUAAAUGAUCUGCUUUAAUUUGUCAAGAAAAAAAUUACACAACAAAAUAUGAACUAAUUUUGGAAUUCAGUCAUUUAAUAAAAAUAAAUUCCAAAUAGAGUCUCUAAAAAACCAUGUAAUUGGGAGAGAUACAAGUCAGUAAAAAGUGAAAGAUUUCUUUAACCCUCGAUCGCAAAAUCUUCUAAUACUUCAAGCAAAAAAUACAUUUUUUUAUUUAAAUUUUGGUGUUCUGAAGUUUUUGCAGAUGAACACAACAAAAUGUUUCACCUUCAGAAUUUCAUUUUUUCUCCGUGUCUAUUACAAACGUCCUCCAAAAUUAAUACCCUCGUCUUCUUCCGCAACGUCGGCGGACAGGCCCCUUUGAGAGGAGAAUCGCCAAAGAGGCCUUUACCUACCGGGGCUCUACGAGAGUGAGUGAGCGAUCGCCAUACAUAUUGAAUGUAGAAUAAAUAUCGAGGGUGCGUUGCGUCCCUCAGCGCAGCCCAAACUUUGCUCCUCGUCGCUGUGCUCAAUGUAAUUAAACCGAAGGAGGGAGGGAGGGAGGGAGGGU